UAGAAAAUACUCACUUUUCGACUAAAAAUUGUGAAAAUUAAUUGAAAUUAUUAUUUUAGAAAAGAAAUUGAAAUCACAGAGAAAAAAUUGAAAUCAAAUGGUGAAUGGUUGGUUUACACGAAACCAUUAGAUAACCCAUACUUAAAUCAUGUAACACUCUUUCUCUGUCUGUCUUGAGUGCACAUACAGUCGAGUGGUAUAUUCGAACAAGCGAACGCAACGAAGGCGAUUGUGUGCGGUCGAAUGCGUUGUAUUUGUAUCGAUGCGUUUGUCGCGUUUGCUGGGACUUAGAAAAUUUCUCGUUCAUUUACCUUCACGAGUCGCUCCGAAGAAGGUUGAAAAUUUUUCAAUCAGUUGUGAGAAUUGGUACAAUUUUUGUGAACUUAGAAAAUUUUCGGUGCUAUUGCCAACAAUGAGCAUCGAAAAUCCAGUUGUCGGCGGAUCUUCGGAUUCGGAAAUUAAAACAAUGAAUGGGCUAAAUGGUGUGAGUAAUGGACACUCUGUCGUGAGCAGUGCUAACUCCGACGUUAAGGAGAAAACGAAAAGUAGCAGCAGCAGUUCGCAUCAUCAUAAAUCGUCGAGUAAGGAUAAGCAUCGUGACAAAGAUCGAGAACAUAAAAGUUCGAAGAGCAGCCACUCGCAUUCCAGCAGCAGCCACAAAGAUAAACAUCAUUCGUCUAGCAGCAGUUCACGUCACGAUAAAGAUAAACAUUCAACGGAUAGACACAAAUCCUCGUCUGACAAGGACAAACACAAGAGUUCAUCAUCUUCUUCGAAACCCCACUCGAGCAGCAGCAGUGGAAAGGACAAGCAUCGUGAUAAAGAUCGAGAGCAUAAAAGUUCGAAGAGCGGCCACUCGCAUUCCAGUAGCAGCAAGGACAAACAUCAUUCAUCUAGUAGCAGCUCACGUCACGACAAAGACAAAUCUGACAAAGAUAAGGACAAACAUAGAAGCUCAUCGUCGAAACAUCAUUCAAGCAGCAGCAGUGGAAAGGACAAACACCGCGAUAAGGAUAGAGAGCACCGUGAUAAGGACAAACAUCAUUCAUCGAAAUCAAGCGGCCAUGAUCGUCAUAAAGAUCGAGAGAAAAAAGCUAACGAAAAUGGUGUGGAACAUAUUAAAACGGAGCCGAUUGCUGUCAUCAAAGAAGAGCUACAAGAUCCAUUAGACAUAAACAACUUUUCAUUUUCCGAAACGAGUGCAAUCGAAGCAAACGGCAUUCGAGAAUGUUUUGUAAAUGUAUCGCAAAUUUCAGAGACUAGCUCAUGUGAUUAUUCUAUGUCUCAGUUUCGAGCCGAUGAAUCGCAGUUCUCGGUCAAAGGUGAUGAUGAUAGCCAGAGGAUCGUAAAUUUUGAAGGCACUGUGAAUGACACACUUGAUGACCAAUAUGAUGACGAGGACAUGCCAAUUGCACAGCGUAAAAAAAUUAAGCGUGAGAUAUCUGAUGAUGAGGACGAUUUGCCAUUGAAUGCUCGAAAGAAGCCUAAAACUGAGAAAAAAGACAAGAAAAUUAAACGUGAACCAAGCGAUGACGAAGACGACUAUGACAAACCGAAAAAGAAGAAAAUCAAGAAGGAAAAAAAAGUAAAAGUAGAAAUCAAGACGGAAACAGCUUCACCCGAAAAGAAGGGCCGUAAAAAGAAAGAAGAAGAAAAUCAAGAGGUUUGGAAAUGGUGGGAAGAAGAGAAACCACAAGAUGGCACAAAGUGGUCAUUUUUGGAACAUAAAGGUCCUGUAUUUGCACCUGCAUAUGAACCAUUGCCAGGCCAUGUUGCCUUCGAAUAUGACGGUCAACCGAUGAAAUUGUCGCAAGACGCCGAAGAAAUUGCCGGUUUCUAUGCUCGAAUGUUGGAACAUGAUUAUACAUCGAAAGACAUUUUCAAUAAUAAUUUUUUCAAAGAUUGGCGAAAAUCGAUGACGUCAAAGGAAAGAGAGAAAAUCACCAAAUUAGAACGUUGCAAUUUCCGAAAAAUGGCCGCAUAUUUCCAAGAGUUGUCCGAACGAAAUAAGAAUCGCACAAAAGAAGAGAAGCUAGCAAUUAAAGAGGAAAAUGAAAAAUUGAUCAACGAAUAUGGAUUUUGUAAAAUCGAUGGUCACAAAGAGAAGAUUGGUAAUUUCAAAAUUGAACCGCCAGGCUUGUUCCGUGGUCGUGGCGAACAUCCAAAAAUGGGCUUGGUGAAAAGGCGUAUCAUGCCCGAAGACGUAAUGAUAAAUUGUUCGAAAAAUAGUGUAAUUCCUGUGCCACCAAAAGGCCAUAAAUGGAAAGAAGUGCGUCACGAUAAUACCGUUACAUGGCUUGCAUCAUGGACCGAAAAUGUUCAGGGUCAAGUGAAAUAUGUGAUGUUGAAUCCAAGUUCAAAAUUAAAGGGUGAAAAAGAUUGGCAAAAAUACGAAACGGCUAGGCGUCUACACAAACAUAUUGAAAAAAUUCGCAGCACCUAUCGCGAAGAAUGGAAAUCGAAAGAGAUGCGCAUUCGUCAGCGCGCUGUUGCAUUGUAUUUCAUCGAUAAAUUAGCUUUGAGAGCUGGUAACGAAAAAGACGAAGACCAAGCCGAUACGGUUGGCUGUUGUUCGCUGCGUGUCGAACACAUUGAACUUCAUAAGGAGCUCAAUGGAAAAGAGAAUGUUGUUGUAUUUGAUUUUCUCGGUAAAGAUUCCAUUCGUUACUAUAACGAAGUUGAAGUUGAAAAACGUGUUUUCAAAAAUUUGGAACUAUUCAAAGAAAAUAAAAAAGAUGGUGAUGAUCUAUUCGAUCGCCUCAACACUGUUGUCAUGAACGAGCAUUUGCGCGAUCUCAUGGACGGUUUGACAGCCAAAGUGUUCCGUACGUACAAUGCAUCAUGGACACUUCAAAAUCAAUUGUUAGAAAUGACCGAUUCCAGCGCUUCGAUACCAGAAAAAUUGUUGGCAUACAAUCGUGCCAAUCGGGCUGUUGCUAUUUUAUGUAACCAUCAACGUGCUGUUCCCAAGGGCCAUGAGAAGAGUAUGGAAAAUUUGAAGGAAAAGAUUCGGGCAAAGCGUGAUCAAAUUGACGAUUUAGAAGUCGAUGUCAAGGAUUGUGUAAAAGCAGCCAAACGAGGCUCUGUCAAAGAGAAGGUGAUUGCCGACAAAAAGAAAAAGCAAUUGGAAAAACUAAAGGAGCAGCUGAAAAAGUUGGAAUUACAAGAGACUGACCGAGAUGAGAAUAAAACAAUUGCAUUGGGAACGUCAAAAUUAAAUUAUUUAGAUCCACGGAUAUCGGUGGCAUGGUGCAAGAAAAAUGGUGUUCCAAUCGAAAAAAUUUAUAAUAAAACACAAAGAGACAAGUUCCGUUGGGCAAUCGAAAUGAUUAUGUCAUCCGAAGAGGAAUACGAAUUUUAAUUUUCGAUUUAUCAUUUCACUUAAAUCGAUUUUUACUUCAAUUUUACAUAAGGCAAA